CGGUUCCCCGCUGCAUGAUGGGAGAGUGUGUGGAGUGGGCGGGGGGUCUCGGCGGAGGAGGAGGUGGAGGCGGCGGCGGCGGCGGAAGAGGGCGGAGGGUAAUGGGAUGGGGGUCCCGCGACAGUGCUGAAACUCCGGGUGGGCGUCCAUGGCGCUGCUUCGCUGACAGGGCUGUGAGCAGUCUGCCUUCCGCUCUCACCAGCUCCGUGUCGGACUAGCCGGUCCUUCCCCGGGGAGCCAGUUCCUCCCCGGGCCCCUGAGCCAUGCCCAUCGCGGCCGCCCCGAACGAGCCAGUUAUCCAAUAUCAUUUAUUCUGUUUCAAGUUGAAGUACCUUUUUGGGAAUAACAGUAAUCUCUCAAAUAUGGCCAGUUGAUGUGAGUUAAAGGUGUAAAUUAAUUAUUUGAAAGCAAUUGAACAAUGGAGCCAGACAUCAUUCGAAUGUACUCUUCAUCCCCACCACCACUAGACAAUGGAGCCGAGGAUGAUGAUGAUGAUGAAUUUGGGGAAUUUGGUGGGUUUUCAGAAGUUAGCCCUUCUGGUGUAGGAUUUGUUGACUUUGAUACACCAGAUUAUACUCGUCCCAAGGAAGAGUUUGUACCUUCAAACCAUUUUAUGCCAAUUCAUGAUUUCUCAGAAAAUGUAGAUAGCCUUACUAGCUUUAAAUCCAUUAAGAAUGGUAAUGAUAAAGACAUCACUGCUGAACUUUCUUCUCCUGUGAAAGGACAGUCUGACGUUUUACUUUCUACCACCAGCAAAGAAAUAAUUUCAUCUAAAACUUUAGAUACUUCCAUUGAUGGCAUAGAAAGUCCAGGAGAUUUAAAUACUAUAGUGAAGCAGAGACAGAAUGUUGGAACACCUGAAAGUUUCUCUCCAGGAGAUUUUAGAACUGAUACGAAUGUUGUUCACCAAAACAAGCAGUUAGAGAGCUGCAAUGGUGAAAAGCCUCCUUGUCUGGAGAUUCUAACAAACGGGUUUGCAGUAUUGGAAACUGUGAAUCCUCAGGGAACAGAUGAUCUGGACACCGAAGCCGAUUCAAAAGGACGAAAGCCUCUUAGCACUCAUAGUACUGACUAUAACUUAGACUGUGCACCUAGUCCUGCUGAGGAAUUUGCAGAUUUUGCCACAUUUUCCAAAAAGGAAAGGAUACAACUAGAAGAUAUAGGAUGUGCAGUUUUAAAUGAUAGAGAAGCAUUAACCAUUCAGGAAAAUAAUAAAAUUAAUAGAGUCAGUGAACUGAGUUCUGUAAAAGCACUGUCUUUGGGUAGAAGCUUUGACGAUAAAGGAGACAUUGAUGGAGAGGAUCAGGUUUGUGUUUCAGAAAUAAGCAUAAUGAGUACCAGAGGUUUCAGUACUGAAAAACAAGGCCUUCCAACAUUGCAACAGGAUGAAUUUUUAAAAUCAGUUCACUCAAAGCCUUGGAGUUUGGCAGACUCAGCUGAUAAUUCAGAAGCCAGUAUGAGAGAAUGUAAAACUGAGGAAAAACUUGAUUUGUUUACUUCUAAGUGUGCUGACCUAUGCAUGGAUUCUAUUAAAACUUCUGAUGCUGAUGAUGAAGUUGGUUCUUCCAAAGAAGAAAGUAAAAAGUUUACUGACUCCCAAAGCCCCAGCAUUGAUCCUACAGAAGAAAACGUUCUGGAUGAUUCUUUAAGUGUAAAAAAUGGUGACAGUAGUAAUGACUUUGUGACUUGCAAUGAUACUAACGAGGAUGAUUUUGGUGACUUCGGCACAGCCAGUGGCACGACUCCACCUUUUGUUACUGGUACCCAAGAUUCAAUGAGCGAUAUCACUUUCGAAGAGUCCUCAGAGCACUUUCCACAUUUUAGUGAACCAGGUGAUGACUUUGGAGAAUUUGGGGAUACAAAUGCUGUUUCUUGCCAAGAUGAAAUUCUAUUUACUGAGUCCGACCUAAAACAGACUUCUGAUAGUUUAUCAGAGGAAUGUAAGUUGGUGGGAAAGUCUUCUGGGACAGGCACUGAUCCUGUUUCAAAACUGGAAAUUGAGCAAGAAGGUGAAUUUGGAGAUUUUGAUUCUGUGCCAAAUAUUCGAGAGGACCUCAGUGCUUUUCAAGACUCUGAUGAUUUUGCGGACUUCAGUUCAGCUGGGCCUAGCCAAGUUGUAGAUUGGAAUGCCUUUGAGGAUGGACAGAAAGAUAGUUGUUCUUGGGCUACUUUUGGAGACCAGCAGGCUGCUGAAUCUCACCAUCGAAAGGAAGCCUGGCAGUCACAUAGGACAGAUGAAAAGAUUGAUACUCCAGGAACCCCCAAAAUGCACAGUGUCCCUUUAGCAACUUCCAAAGGAGCAGUUGCUGGUGGCCAUUUACAGGAAACAGCCACUUCAGUUCAGACAGCUUUACUAAACCGCCUGGAGCGAAUUUUCGAAGCAUGUUUUCCUUCAAUAUUUAUCCCUGAUACUGAAGAAGAAGUUACUUCCCUGAAGCACUUGCUGGAAACAAGCACCUUCCCAAUAAAAACAAGAGAGGCCUUAGCUGAAAGUGGGGAACUGCUGGAUGUGUGGACCGAGCUACAGGACAUCCACGAUGCACAUGGCUUGAGAUAUCAGUGGGGUGGCUCCCAUAGCAACAAGAAGCUUUUGUGCUCCUUGGGAAUAGACACCCGAAACAUUCUCUUCACGGGUAACAAGAAGCAGCCUGUUAUAGUGCCCAUGUAUGCAGCAGGAUUGGGUAUGUUAGAACCCACCAAGGAACCAUUGAAACCACUAUCUGCUGCAGAAAAAAUCGCUUCCAUUGGUCAGACAAACACCAUGUCACCAGAAAUGAACACAUGUACAUCUGACCAAUUUCAGGAGUCUCUACCACCCGUCCAGUUUGACUGGAGUAGCAGUGGCCUUACUAACCCUUUAGAUGGUGUGGAUCCAGAGUUGUAUGAGUUAACAACUUCUAAGCUGGAAAUCUCCACCUCAAGCCUCAAAGUGACUGAUGCAUUUGCAAGACUCAUGUCCACAGUAGAGAAGACAAGCACAUCUACCAGGAAACCGAAAAGAGAAGAGCACCUAAGUGAAGAAGCCAUCAAGGUGAUCGCUAGCCUUCCUGACUUAACAUUCAUGCAUGCCAAGGUGUUGAUGUUCCCAGCCACGUUAACACCUUCCACAAGGUCCCAAGAGAAAGCAGACUGAUAACCGAUGUGAAUUGGACACUUUCAAUUGCUUUUCCUUUCCUCCAGCCCUUCCCUACCAUCAAAAGCAUACCUGCUCUAAUUAAAAAAAAAAAAAAAAAAAAAAAGUUCAGCUGAUUUGUUGGUAAGCCGCACUAGAAAGGUAUACAUAGUAAUGUAUAUUUAUUUACAUACUGAAGUCCUAAAUUUAUAUUAGAAAAAAUGUAAAUAAUCGGGGGUGAACAUUUUUGAAGAUUUAUUCUUUUUGUGUUGCUGGGGUGUAUACAUUUAUGUCUUUGUGAAAUACACUGGUGGUGUCCUUCUUACAAAACUUUUGAAAUAAAAAAAAAUUAAAAACUCAAAUCUCCACUGUCUGUGAAAUCCCCUUCAGUCUUUUCAGAUUGCAUUGAAUGUUCUAUUAAUUUUUCAUAUCAUACGUUGAAUUACUUUUGCUAUCAUAAAUAAGCUCCAAAGUCUCCAUUUAAUUUUUUUUUUUUUUUUUUUUUUUCAAUUUUACGUGUGGUGGGUUUGUUUCAGAUCUGGCUUUUGUUAACAUUUUUGCGCUUUUUUUUUUUUUUUUAAUCUUUUCAGUCUGGCAUAUUGCUAUUUGACCUUUUGCGAGGUACUUAAUUGAUUGCUGUUUUGUUGUAGGGUAUGGAUCAUUGUCAGAACUUGAUUGGAGGGGUUUAAAGAGAUUGUGUCUGUUUUAAAUCAGUUUGGUUUGGAGAAGGACCAAAUUAUAUGAAUGUCUUAAAAUGAAAUUUACUUGUUUUAAUGAUUUUUUUUUUGUUUUAUCGUACCACUAUUUUUUGAGGAUUUUGCACAGUGUAAAAUGACAUAAUCAUAGAUUGCUAUGGUUUAGGCUGUAUAUACAGUAAAAACUAUGGGUUUUAAAUGUUUGGGGAAAUUCCUAUGGAAAAAAGAAAGACAUGUAGAGGAACCUCUGACAAGGUGAAUGUGCAUGCCCAGGUCUUUUGAGAUUUCAGUGUGUAAAUUUCCUUUUAGCUUACACAAAAAUAAAAUAAUUUAAAAGAAA